GCGUCACGCAGCGGCCGUCACGCGGUGCCAGGCUGGCGCCGACUGGCCGGCGAUGCGUGACGCCGAUGUCAGGGCCGCGCUGCCCCCUACGGCUGCCACAGCGCGUUCGAUGGAGCCGCGCGUCCCGAGGCGGGCUGCUUCAGCAGAAGUCACGCGGUGUUCGGUGACCCAGUGUUCUCGGUGAAGCAAUCCGCGCAGCUUUGCCGCGGCGUAUGGUGCUCUCGGUGUUCCGGCGUGCCUCGGAGAUCGCCCCGUCAAAAGGCGAACCAGUGAUCGGGUAUGGAGUAUUCGACUCAGCGGCGAAGCAGCAAGUAUAUGGAGCUUAGCGUGCUGUUCCCUGAUCCGGAGGGUCCAGGAUGCUGCGCCAUUCUGUUAACCCUCGUCUCGUACCUCCUCAUCAUAUGCACACUGCCGUUCUCUAUUUGCCUGUGCGUCAAGGUGGUGCAGGAGUACGAGCGGGCCGUGAUCUUCCGGCUGGGCCGGCUGCUGCAGGGCGGCGCCAAGGGACCCGGCAUCUUCUUCAUCGUGCCCUGUAUUGACACGUACAGGAAAGUGGACCUGCGCACAGUGUCGUUCGAUGUGCCGCCACAGGAGAUCUUGAGCAAGGACUCGGUAACAGUAGCGGUGGACGCCGUAAUCUUUUACCGCAUCAGCAACCCGACUGUGGCCGUGACGAACAUUGUCAACUACAGCCAUUCGACCCGCCUGCUGGCCGCCACCACGCUGCGCAACGUCCUCGGCACCAAGUCGCUGGCCGACCUGCUGGCCGAGCGCGAGACCAUCUCACAACAGAUGCAGUCCAGCCUGGACGAGGCCACCGACCCGUGGGGCGUCAAAGUGGAGCGGGUCGAGAUCAAGGACGUGCGCCUGCCGCUGCAGCUGCAGCGCGCCAUGGCCGCCGAGGCCGAGGCGGCCCGCGAGGCGCGCGCUAAGGUCAUCGCCGCCGAGGGCGAGCACAAGGCGUCGCGCGCGCUCAAGGAGGCGGCUGACGUCAUGAACGAGAGCUCCAGCGCGCUGCAGCUCCGAUACCUGCAGACGCUGAGCACCAUAUCGGCCGAGAAGAACUCCACUAUCAUCUUCCCGCUGCCCAUCGACGUGCUCAGCCACUUCAUAGGGAAGUAGCGGCCACCAGCCAGCGGCGAGAGGGCGAUCACCGCCCCGCCGCCGACCUUACGCUUCUCCCACCGCCCGCCGGAGAUCGUCCCGGGUCCGCCCGGAGAUCGUCCCCGGUCCGCUCGGAGAUCGUCCCCGGUCCGCCUGGAGGUCGUCCCCGGUCCGCCCGGAGAUCGUCCCCGGUCCUCCCGGAGGUCGUCCCGGGUCCGUCCGGAGAUCGUCCCCGGUCCUCCCGGAGGUCGUCCCGGGUCCGCCCGGAGAUCGUCCCCGGUCCGCCCGGAGGUCGUCCCCGGUCCGCCCGGAAAUCGUCCCCGGUCCGUCCGGAGAUCGUCCCCGGUCCGCCCGGAGUCGUCCCCCGCCCGCCGGUGCCGGCCGUCACGGGAUGGCGCCAACUCUGACAGAGCGCGCCAGCGUCAGGUGUGCAAGCUCCGAAGGUGGCGCGACCAGCAGCGCGGCGAGAUGGACACCCGGUCAGCCCCCGCCGGCUCCAUCACCCUCUGCCGUUUGUGUUUGGCGUCUGUUAUCUCCGACCUUCGUUCGUCUCGGUGAGAUGAUAGCGCUUGACACUUUGGAGCCUCGGAAGUAGAUGUGGUAGCUUGGUUUGCUUGUUUGCGCUGGAAGCAAUUCCUGGUGGUGUUGACCUCACCAGUGUUGUCACGUGUUGACCCUGCCGGUAUGCUUGUUUCGGUGAUAUUCCAUACGUAGUUUGGUUACAAACAGUUGACUGAUAAGUGGCCAACAACAGGCACGUGGGACUCGCCGCUCCUUGCGUCAGCGUCACAUUUGCGCGUUUGUCUGUCGCACAGCACUGCAAGCCCAGCAGGAUGACGUAAUAUGAAACGGACGUGCAAUAAUAUUAUCAAGACAUGUCGCGAAGGCAUGAUAUGGAUAUUGACAUCGCCCUGCUAACUGUUACAUAUUUGCACAAAUCUGAAACGCUUUUAACUGGCUUCAACUGUCACCAUUUUGUUUCAUCCUUCUACCGGAUAAACAUGCGGUACCCGAGAGAAUGGGCGAUACCGACCAUGUUCCUCGCCGCAGCAUUCAUAGCGAAUUCUAACACCGUUUCGUGAGUCGGCGUGCCUGCCGUGCACAUCUAAGACAGGCGGCCCAGUUCCGCACCACCCAAAUAGCAUUUCGACUUCAGCCUCAGCCCUGCGGCGUCCGAAGCCAGAGGGGACCACGAAACCGGGCGCCAUAUACCGAUGGAUCCGCCAUGGCAUUCAGUUCAUCGCCGCAAAUGGUUGCCGAGAUUUUGAUGAAGAAAAUAUGCUAGGUAUCGACGUAAACAUCGCUGUGGAACGAACAGACGCAUCAAUUUCCAAAAUGCGUCGCGUACUGCACCCACGCGUGCCUGGCAUGCUUCCCUGGGCGGUCCCGCACCCCCGGGUCAGGAUAGUGGUUUUUCGCUUUGCUCGGACGCACGAAUCCUUCAUUGACAUUGCUUGUGCUUUUCCAGUAAUCGUACGGUCGUGCUGCCGUUGAUGUGCUGACGUCAGUGCCUAUGCAGAAAAGGUUGCUCAUCUUACCAAAUGGUCGCGUCCUUGUUCACCCUCUCAUCGCUGCCCUGUGUGGGCACAGGGCUGCCGAACAACCCGUCAGUGUAAAUAUCCACCGAAAGAUCUCCUGUGUGGCCCCGGUCGCCAAUGACUUGAAAUGAAAUCAUAUGUUCCCCACUGCGUAAGAUUAUGACACCGCACAAGCGUUCGUGUUUUCUCACAUUCAUGUCCACUUUCGCAAUGAGAAUCUGAGAUGAAUAGCUCGCUGUCGGCACAAGGAAAUGGCCGCCUCCCUCGUCGUAUGACGAAUGGCUUCACCGAACAGGGUAGCUUAUUGGAUGCUGUCACCACCAGUUACAUGUUUUAUUAAUAGGCCACCGUCGCCGUUCUUUAUUCAGCAUGGUAACAAGUGAGACAAACUGUAAUGCCAACUUAGCCGAAAAUUGCUGGCCGGUUUCCGCGGCAUAUGAAUAGCCCAGUUUUAUGCGUGGUAGAUGUUCGCUUUUGUGUGGGGUUGACAGCUGCAGGCCAUGAAAGAUUCAACGGACGGAUCGCUAUCUGCAUAGCCAGCUGGUCCCCUCCGCUUUCGCGCGGUCUGGCGGCCCACGCGCGAACUCCGCGCAGCGCAACUGGGCGGGGACAAACCUGCCAUUGUCACAUUUGCAGCAGGCGGAGAAUGCAGGCCACAGCGAGGGCCGGAGACCACGGGUACGCUGCCAGGUGUGACCCCCGUCGGGGGACAGAGCGCCACACGCCGGCUACGCUUAGCUCCAUGGGCUGCGGCCGGGCUGCGCCGGCACGGUCGGCUCCUCUCUGUGCGGUCGAUACGAGCUGCGGUUGUCCUCCGCUCGUCCGGCGCGUCGCGUGGUGUUGCCUGGUGGGUCCGUGGCGUGGUGCACAAUCGCAUGCUUCUGCUGUCAACUUCGUUGAUGGAGCUACACGACUGUCUUCACUGAACACCGUACCAGCACCGCGCUCUCCCCGCGUCGCGUCUCGGUGUUCUUGACAUGCAGUUCUCGACAGGCGUCAGCAGCUAGAUGUUAUUGUAUUCGUGCGCUCAGGUUUUGGUGGAUUUGUACCUUCGUACACGUGCCUAGCUUCGUGCAAGUGUCCCUUCUGCGACCUAUGCUCCAUUUUGGUGUACCUUAAGGCAUGUAGAAGACUAAAAUAAAUCCGACUUCGAUUAAC